UCAGAAUCAAGAUGGCGGGAAGAUGAGUAAGAGUGCAUAACACAUAAACAAGAAUUGAUACAACGAAAAAUGGCGGAUAUAAGGGCUUUCUUCAGCCCUCAGGGAGGUAAACAGAAGAAAAGCACGAGUAGUAAUGGCGCGAACGGGACACCAUCUCGUGAAGACAAAUCUAAACAGAGCGGGAAGAAACCGCGUCCCAGCUCGCCUGAGAUCAAGAAAUCAAAAAAUAAAGACGGUAGAAAAGAUGGAAAAACAUCAGGAGCCAAAAGGGCUAUUGUCAUCUCAGAGAGUGAUGAGGAUGAUGAUUUCGUCAGAAAGAAGCAAAAGAAGCCAAAGAAAAGUUAUACAUCAGAUUCAGAUGAAGAUCCAAUCCCCAAAGACAUAAGGAAAAGUGCAACAAAGGCUAAAAAGCAGAAAUCAGGAAAAAAUAAGCAAUCUUCAUAUUUUGAUGAAUCAGAUGAUGRAGAAGCACCAAUAAAAAUUCCGAAAUCAGCAGAAAAGGCAACCAAACCACCAAUAGUCAAAAGUACGAAAGAAACACCCCCAAAACAAGAAACACCUGUUAAGCAAUUCACUAGUGUGGAUGCUUUCUUUGGUUCUGUCCCUGUGCAUCGGUCUGCAGGGAAAUCACUCUCAACCAAGAGAAAACAGCCAACAGAAGAUACUCCAGAGAAAAAAGACUUGAUUUCUGAGUCACCCAUAAAAACAGUUGCUGGAUUUGAUAGGCUUAAAAAAGAUGAUGAACAGCCAUUAAAAAAGAGAAAAGAAGAGUCACCAAAGAAGACUCCAAAAAAAUCACCAGCAAAGGAGAAGAAAACCUUAGCAGGAAAGCUAUCCAAGGCUGCAGCUACGUACCUUGUUCCAGAAACACCACCACCAGUACCUGCUGAAAAGCAAGAGAAGCCUCAGCCUACUCCUAGUCCUGUGAAAACUGUUAAAGAAUCCCCCAAGAAGAAGACUCCAGAAAAACCAAAAGAGAAAACUGAUGAAGAACCUCCUUCUCUGGAAAAAAAGAAAUCAAGCUUCAGAAGCUUCAUGCAGAGGGAUGGUCCAAGGGCUCUUGGUACCAAAGAGAUACCACAGGGUGCAGAGAACUGCUUUGAAGGAAUGGUAUUUGUAAUUAGUGGAGUCCUGGAGACCAUUGAAAGAGAGGAUGCUCAAGAUAUCAUCCAAAGAUAUGGAGGAAAAUUUACUCAAGCUGUCAGUAAAAAGACUAGUUAUUUGAUUGUGGGCAGAGAUCCAGGAGCCAGUAAAACAUCCAAGGCAGAGACAGUAGGGACUAAAAUAAUAAACGAAGAUGAAUUCUAUGAACUAAUAAAAAGCACUCCAGGAAAGAAGAGCUCUUAUGAAACUGCUGCAGAACAACCGCCUGCAAAGAAGACAAAAACGUCUGUGCCUGAGUCUCCCCUGAAGACAACUUCAAAAACAAAGGCUCCAUUUGAGUCACCUUGCUCAAGUCAGGGGGAGGCUGCUGCUUCUCAAAAGUCUGUCGUAUCUCCUGCUACUCAGUCACCUUCAGGAACAAAUGUAAAAGCAGCUGAAAGUUUGAUGUGGGUGGAUAAAUACAAGCCAAGCACCAUAAAACAAAUCAUUGGUCAACAAGGAGACAAGAGUAACAUGAGAAAAUUGAUAAACUGGAUUAAAAACUGGAACAAAAAUAGAACAAAAACCCACCCUAAAAAUUCCUUCUUUCAAAAAGAUCAGGACGGUGCAAUCUUCAAGGCGGCGCUGCUGUCUGGUCCGCCAGGUGUUGGCAAGACAACCACAGCUGUUCUGGUCUGCCAGGAACUGGGCUACAGCUAUGUGGAAAUGAACGCAAGUGAUUCCAGGAAUAAGAAGUGCUUGGAUGAACAUGUGUCCGAAUUACUGUCCAACAAAAGUAUUGAUGCGUUUGUAGGAGGUUCUAAGGGAUCCCCUAAAGACUCAUCCAAACAUGUCCUUAUCAUGGAUGAAGUUGACGGUAUGGCGGGUAACGAAGACAGGGGUGGAAUGCAGGAGUUAAUCUCAUUGAUUAAAGGAAGCAAGAUCCCUAUCAUCUGUAUGUGUAAUGAUCGUAACAGUCAAAAAAUAAGAAGUCUGGUCAAUCAUUGCUUUGAUCUAAGGUUUCAACGACCUCGAGUCGAACAAAUUAAGGGUGCGAUGAUGAGCAUCGCUUUUAAAGAAGGYCUAAAGAUUCCAGCGCCUGCUAUGGAACAAAUUAUCGUAGGAGCUAAUCAAGAUGUGCGACAGGUGCUACAUAAUAUGUCCAUGUGGACAUCGACCAACAAGACUAUGACGUACGACCAGGCAAAAGGCGAUGCCAACAAAGCACACAAAGAUAUUAAAAUGGGUCCGUUUGAUGCCAUCAGGAAGUUACUUUCAUCCUCGGAGAGUUCCAAGCUGAGCCUUAUCGACAAGUCACAUCUGUUUUUCUGUGACUAUUCCCUGAUGCCGUUGUUCGUACAGCAGAACUAUCUGGAUGUCAGACCAGCCAAGGGAGAGCAAUCUAUUCCAGUGUCAUCCCAUCUCACUUCAUUAGCGGUGUGAUGGGUCAAAGAAUAGAAUUUCCUCAAUGGCUUGGGAAAAACUCGAAGAAAGGUAGACUGGAUCGAAUAUUACAAGAACUACAGACGCACAUGAGAGUAAGAGCGUCAGCAGGCAAGGCUUGUAUAAAUCUCGAUUAUAUACCACAAUUAAGAAAAGCCCUUACAGUACCCUUAAUGGAUGAGGUGAAUGCCAAAGAAGGCGUUGCUAGCGUUAUCAAGUUGCUAGAAGCCUACGAUUUGACUCGAGAAGACUGGGACUCUAUUAUGGAGGCAGGGUUGUUCGAAGGGCAAAAGGAUCCCAUGUCGAAGAUUCCUUCCAAGGUUAAAUCUGCUUUCACCAGGGCGUACAACAAAGAACAACACAAGACUCCAUACGUGCUUAAAGGGGCCCCUUCAAAAUCAAGAGGCAAGAGCAGUGGCUUAGAUUAUGAAGGUGAAGAAGAGCAAGACGACGAAGAAGAAGAUAGCAUCGAAAACAGUGCUAUGAUCGUCAAGGAUAAAAAACCCGCAGCAAGUAAAGCGAAAGGCGAUAAAAAAGAACAGGAAUCGAAAGGAAAGGGAAAAGGAAGAGGAAAAGGAAAAGGUGCCAGAUCCUAACAGCGUCUUAUCCCAUUCAAGCAAUGUAAAUUGAGUUUCUGAAGCUGCUAGAGCCAAAGGCGUUCACUAGAAAGGAAAGCCAAGAACAAAGAAUAUCAAAGCUUAUCUCCAUUUUCUAGCAAAAACGUCAUUGAAAAGGCCAAAGUUUUUAGGAAUAACCCAACGCUCAUUCUGAUGCUCUGUUUGUCGUACCGCACUCUUUCGUCACUCGAUGUUCUUGGUAGAUUACUGAAGUAGAUUGUCUUCAGAUAUGCGUGUAAUAUUCUGUGUAUUAGCAAUAAAAUCAAAAGUAACAUUCACUACA